CCCAGCCUGACUCCUCCCCCAGGCCGUUGCGCGCCGCUCCCGACCGUGUGACUCCUCAGACCCGGGGAGGGUGGCAGCCCCGGGCAUCUUUUUUGCUCCACACCCCCCCCCCUCGCUUCUUUCCUGGGAGACGAGCUAAUCUUUAACUCGCCGCUGCUGACAGAGCUCGUGCAAGUUCCGAAGUCUUUCGCGCGCAAGCAAGGGGCCGGGCGCCUGCUUCUUCCUCGCCUCCGUGCCUGCUGCCACGAAGCGGCCUCAAACCUCCAGCGAUGAAGACGGUGGCAAAAUAUCUAUUGGGAUUUCUUGCAGUUGCUGUUCUCAUUACUGCCAUUGCUGUACCUGUAGCUUUACUGACAAAGCAAAGUACUCCUACGCCUGACCCCCGCAAGACAUUUACUCUAGAGGAUUACUUGGACGAAAAUUUCCAAUACAAAUCAUACAGUUUGCAGUGGAUUUCAGGAAAUCAGUAUCUCCACACAAGACAAAGCAAUAUUUUCCUCUUCAGUGUUGAUGGAAAUGUCACUGAAAUCUUCACAAAUGACACAUUAACAGCUCAUGGUGCUUCUGAAGCAAUACUGUCAGCAGACCAAAAAUUUGCUCUUCUGCGAUAUGAUUACAUGAAGGUGUGGAGGCACUCAUUCAAUGCAUCAUAUUUCAUCUAUGAUUUGAAAAAUAGUACCAUAGUAAACGACUCACUUCCUAAGGAUAUCCAGUACAUAUCAUGGUCACCUGUUGGUCACAAAUUGGCCUAUGUUUGGAAUAACAAUAUUUAUGUCAAAGAAACGCCAGCUGAGCCUAGUAUACAAAUCACGACAAACGGGAAAGAAAACACAAUUUUUAAUGGAUUGGCAGACUGGGUUUAUGAAGAGGAAAUGUUUGGCACCCAUGCCGCUCUGUGGUGGUCUCCAAAUGGCAGUUUUUUAGCAUAUGCAGAGAUUAAUGAUACCGGAGUUCCUGUUAUUGAGUAUUCGUUUUAUGCAGAAGACACUCUGCAGUAUCCAAAGACCGUAAGAAUACCAUAUCCUAAGGCAGGUACUACAAAUCCAACUAUAAGGCUAUUUGUAGUGAAUACUGAAUCUCUUUCUAACAUCAGUUCCAGUGAAAUUUCUGCACCAUCUAGCAUACUUUCAGGGGAUCACUACCUCAGUGUUGUAACUUGGGUGACCAAUGAGAGGAUCUGUCUGCAGUGGCUCAGAAGGAUUCAGAAUUUUUCAGUUCUUGAUAUCUGUGACUACUCCAGACAGAGUGGAAUAUGGCAGUGUCCACCAGAAAAACAGCAUAAAGAAGAAAGUAGAACUGGUUGGAUUGGCAGAUUUCAGCCUUCUGAACCUUACUUUGCACCUGAUAAGACCAGCUAUUACAAAAUUUUCAGUGACGAGGAAGGCUAUAAGCACAUCCACCUUAUCGACAGUACAAGAGCCGAGAAACGUAUUACAGGAGGAAAAUGGGAGGUGAUUAGUAUUGCUGCUGUAACUAAUGACAUUCUGUAUUUCAUCAGUAAUGAGUUCGAAGGCAAGCCAGGUGGAAGAAAUCUUCAUAAAAUGGAUGUUAGAACUGGCUCAACCACAUGCAUCAGUUGUACUUUACACAAAGAAAGAUGUCAGUAUUAUACUGCCUCCUUUAGCACAGAUGCAAAAUAUUAUAAACUGAAUUGUCUUGGUCCUGGACUGCCCUAUUUCACCUUGCAUGACAGCAGUACAGAUGAAGCUAUUAAAAUAUUGGAAGACAAUAAUGAUCUCGACAGUUUGUUGAAGAAUAUCCAGAUGCCCUCCAAAAUAGUCAAAAACAUUACGCUGCAUGAGGAGACCUUCUGGUACCAGAUGAUCUUACCUCCUCAUUUUGAUGAAUCAAAGCAAUAUCCUCUACUGAUCGAUGUGUAUGGAGGACCCUGUAGUCAGAAAGUAGAUUUUGCCUAUCGAAACAAUUGGGCUGUCUAUCUUGCAAGCACAGAACAGAUUAUUGUGGCUAGCUUCGAUGGCAGAGGGAGUGGUUAUCAAGGAGACAAAAUCAUGCAUGCAGUAUAUCGAAGGCUUGGGACCUACGAAGUAGAAGAUCAGAUCUUAGCAGCCAAAGAAUUUUCAAAAAUGAGCUUUGUUGAUCCAAAGAGAAUAGCUAUUUGGGGUUGGUCAUAUGGUGGUUAUGUGACCUCCAUGGUGCUUGGAUCAGGAAGUGGCGUGUUUAAGUGUGGGAUAGCUGUUGCUCCCGUGUCACGCUGGCAAUUUUAUGAUUCUAUAUACACUGAACGCUACAUGUGUCUUCCUACAAAAGAUGACAAUCUGUAUUAUUAUGAGAAUUCCACUGUUAUGGCCAGAGCUGAGAACUUUCGAGAUGUUGAAUAUCUUCUGAUCCAUGGAACAGCGGAUGACAAUGUUCAUUUUCAACAAGGAGCCCAGAUCUCAAAAGCUCUGGUUGAUGCAGAAGUGGACUUUCAAGCAAUGUGGUAUACGGAUAAAGAUCACGGCAUUGGAGGCCAUGCCCACAGCCAUAUCUACACUCAUAUGAGCCAUUUUAUCAAACAGUGUUUUGCAUUGUCAUAAUUCUCUAGAGAACAAAUUGCAUCUCAGGCCAAGAUUUGUUUUAUGUUGUUCUGAAUAAGAGCACUUUCCUCCUUGAUUAUCUCACUUUUCAUUGCACUGACAGUAAUAGUGAGGUUCAUGGACAUGAAUGAAGAAAAUGGAUUUUUUCCAGCAUUUCACUGUACAUAGUGAUCCAUUGAUGAGCACAAAGCAAAUAUGACUACAUCUCCAAAAUACGUGCAAGUGUGGCUCUGUUUUCUUCUCAAUUUCGAAGAGUGUGGGAUGGCUUUCCACUUUGAAUAUCCUGUGAACAGCUCUGGACAUGGAUGCAUCUAAGAGGCAUUGCAGCAUCUUUUUAAAAUAGUCAGAUGUUUCUCUUUUGAAGAAUGGGGUUUACAUGUUCCUUGUUCCAAAUUAAGGGGGGAAAUUACUUGAAUCGCUGCUUGGUUUGUAUGCACCACGGUGCAAAUUAAUGUAAUAAUAAUCUCAACAUAUACAGUUCAGGGUUUUAUAUGGAAGAUAUUACAAGUGAAAAUAUCUGUCUAAAUGUGAAUAACAUUCCUCUAGAAGUGUCCACUUGGGUUUGCAAUCAAUAUAGGCAAGCAGGUCAACUAAGCAGAUAACUUCUGCCUAAAACUGAUGGCUGUCCCCAGAAUCUCAGAAAGUAGAAGAGUUGCCUUAACGUAUUUGGAAACUCACUUUAAAAAUGGUCAAAAUGGAAAUUCAGAAAUUGUUUUUCUGAAAAGAGGUGAAACUGAUUUCGGGUUGCUAAUGUUAGUAAUGUCAAGAUUAGUAUUCUGUGGAAGUUAAUACAAAAAUUCAUCUUCAGUACUCUUGAAGGUUUCUUUUAACACACCAACACUAUGAAAAAUUCUAGAAACUGUAGCUCAUGACAAUUUCAGAACAUGGUCAUCUUUUUGUAACAAAUUUAUAAGCUUCUCCAGGUCUGUAGCCAAAUCAUGGUUUCUUGCUUGUCUGCUUUUUCUUAUCCAGUAAAUGAAACCAGAUCCUGAACUUGGUGAUGGCCUGAAAACCAAAAAUACAUGCUUAUUUUGGUACCAAUAAGCAGAAAAUGACUGAAACGUGAUUUUAGGCAUCAUCACCAACCAUUACUUUGAAAGGAUCAAACCACUGUAGCAGAAAUAUGAGUGAUUAUACCUGCUUUGAAAAUUUUAAAAAUGUCUAAUAAUGGAGAUUAUUUUGCUUGUUUAGUAGAAUUCGAGAUACCACCAGAUAACUGUUACUCCUUCCUAAGAAUUCCACAUCACUGGUGAAUGCAUGAGUCACAUGUGUGGUGCUGACCAUGUGGGUUUUCCCUACCCAGUUGUUUUCCCUCUUCUAGUAGCAUGUACCUUUUGGGUAGGAAAGACCCUGAAUAUCAAUUAUUGUUUGAUAUUCUCUCUUGUCACACACAAGCAACAUGGGAUCAUGCCACAGAGAAGUGAAUCACAGGACAGUGAGUGAAGGAGGUUGCAUCUGCUAUAGAAUAAGAGUGUGCAUUUGAAUCGUAGCACCAUUAACUGCAGACCAUUAUCCUUUCCAGGCAUCAUCAAAUAUAUGACUUCAAUAGAAAGUCACUUUUAGUGUAUAUUUUGGGCCUGCACCUUGCUUUAGGUAAUAUUAAAUCCUGUGGAGCAUUCUGGUUACUUUUCCCCUGCAUGUGCACAUAUGGAAGCGAUAGCAGCAGAAAAAGUAAAAUGCACUGUGCUUUGGCUGUUGUGAGCAAUAUCAUUUACACAAAUGGGCUCUAGCUUAUGGCUUCAGUGUUCACCUGUGUGCUGAUAUCAGGAUAUACUGCCCACUCAUGAAAUUUUAUGCUACGUAAUAAUCAAUAUGCUUAAGAACAUGUUAAAUGUUAUUUUCUAAAAGAGUUUGUUUGCCCUUAAAUAUACAAGAGCCCUUGUAAAAUGUUUGAGACAAGCUAAUUGUCAUACAUGUAUUAAUGUCUUGAAUAUAAUGUAAUAAAAGUUAUAUUUGUGAUAACAAA